AAGAUAAUUAAUGGGCUGUAAAACCUAAUCAUAACAAACAUUCUAUACAGGAAUACUUCGGCCUGGAGAGCAGAAACACUUCUGAUUUCAUCCUCUCUUUCUAAUAAACGACAGAUUCGGAAAUGGGGAACCUGGCUAUUGAUUCAUUACUAGGUAAUUAAAAAAAAAUUGGGCAUGUACUGACGGAGUUUAUUGGAUCAAAUAAGCCUGUCAUAGUAUCAGAACAAAAAUAAACAACAAUCAACCAUUUAAAUUCAACACUGGUAUUGGCCCCCCAUAAAAUAACGCAUCACCAUAUAAAAAAAAUAAAAUAACGCAUCACCAGCCUGCUGCGUCAUUUUCACGUAUACAUACAGUAUUUUUGUUCUAGGCACGUCACCCAACUCUACUUUAGGCGUAUCACUCGAACGCGCCCAAUGAUUUCACUUACCGCAUUGCUGCAAACAUCAACGCCUCGGAAUAUGGCGCCGGCCUUAGCUCAUCUGGCUAGACUGACGGUGCUCAAAAGCAGUCGUGUACCAAAAUGUUCUUCAAACAUGAAUGUAAAUAGCUUAGGAGCGGCACUAACUAAGUAUCGAACAGUUGUGUACUCACCAUCGGGUGGUAUUUUGCCAAAACCCAAGAAGACCUCCUUUGGCCUUUUUCGGAUUGCUAUGGUAGUGAUCCCCUUCCUGUAUGUUGGAACUCUCAUCAGCAAGAACUUUGCUGCGCUGCUGGAAGAACAUGACAUCUUUGUCCCAGAGGAUGAUGAUGAUGAUGAUUGAAGGGUCUGUAUGCCCCAAAAUAUUACAUGACCUGGGUGUGCUGUAUCUAGAAAAAUAAAUCCCCCUGGCUAGAUCUCUCAGAAUUUAAGUAAUAUGAUUGCAUUUUACCUCAGGGAAGGUUAGGUCUAUUACUGUUUUUUCUCUCUCUCUCAACAGUUGUUACCACUGAAAGACUAUGGGAAGAUGUGAAUGCUGAAAAGACUUGACUCAAACUCAACAAUGCCUUUAUAGCUCUUUGUGUGCUUUUUCCUGCUGUCCCUUGUAAUGUGUGCCUGCUUGGAUACAAAGUGUUUUUUGAGAAGUGAUAAUUUUUCCUUACUGGACAUAUUUGCAUGCACUGAUAACACUUCAACAGUGUCAUAUAUAAUAUAAUACACAUAUUCAUGUGCAAAUAUAUAUACACACACACAUUAAUGUGCAAGAAUAAACUCAUCGAUCUGCCAAAGUAGCACUUCAUUUAGCCAGUUAUUAAUGAAAAUAGUGCUAUGCUUUUCAGCCAUACAAGAACACUGAUUUAUUUGGGGCCUAUUUUGGUGGUUUCUGAUAUGGUCAACAAGGACGCUUGGUGCUCUUUAUUACAACCUGUGGUGUAACUGUUUUUGGUCAACAGAUCUAAUAAAUAAUUUAUAAUGUGUCA